AUGGACUCCAAGUCUUUUGAGGAUGCAUGGAGUUGUAUUAUGGAGGAAUAUGGUUUGGGUGACAAUGGUUGGUUUCGUUACUUGUUUGAUUCUCGUACAUUUUGGGCAUCCCCAUAUUUUCAUGACGAGUUUAUGUCAGGUUUGGUUAGGACAACGUCUCGAUCAGAGUCUAAAAAUAGUUUUUUUGGUACGUUUUGUAAUGGUCAUUCUAGUUUGGUUGAGUUCUUGGUGCAUUUUGGAAGUGCUAUUGGUGCGCAGCGUCAUGCACAAGCAAAAUUGAAUGCUGAUUGUGAAUCUUGUUUUCCUGUUUUGAAGACACCAUUGGCGUUGGAGAAGCAUGCAAUGGAUGUUUACACCAUUUUUGUAUUUUAUGAUGUUCAAGUAGAGAUUUAUGCAACUUGUUAUUCGUGUCAAGUGGCGUCUUUGUGCGAUUGUGAUGGUCAUGUGUCCUAUGGGAUAAAAGAUGGUGCCCAACGGGCAUGGUAUGUGGAGCUAGUCUUGCCUGAUUACACUGCUACUUGUUCUUGCAAGAUGUUUAAGCGGAUGGGGUUGUUGUGUACGCAUAUUUUUUUUAAAGAUCGUGGGCUUGAGAGUAUUCCUUCUAGGUAUUUUGUGUCUCGGUGGACAAAGGGUGCUUGUUUGAAGCCAAUAUUUCAUAUUGAUGAUACAAUUGUUGAUGAAUCUUCUAAAGUGGAGAACCUACGACGUGUUCUUUGUGAGCAAAGGCAAUUAUUUCUUCAAGAUGGGAGUGAGAAUAGCAGUGGGGUGGUGGCUGGUGGCAGCAAACAAAGUGUGAUCAAUUCAUUUUGUGGAGCUGUGUCACAGGGGUCAAUAGUGGAGGUGCGUGAUCCUAUUCAAGCUAACAACAAGGGUAACGGUAAGUGGUUGAAGAGUACAAGGGAGAAAACUGCUAGUAAGUGCAUGUGUAAAGCAAUCAAGGAAAUGUCAUACUUGUGA